CAAAGCGCAUUAUUCUUUUUAUUGGCUUGCAACUUGUUCAUUCAAUACUUAUUGUUUAAAAUAAAAAGAAAUGGCAAGCCAAGCACGGCGACUGGCAAACAUCCGGUUGGUCACAUUCGAUAUUUACAACACACUCUACAUGCCAGCAGAGCCAGUUGCCCGAACAUACGCGCGGCCGCUGUGGCGCCAUGGACUGAACAUAGACGAGCACAAUGUUGCCGCUGCAUUCUCUUGUGCCUACAAACAAACCCGCUCGCAGCUUCCCAACUACGGCUGCAAAAUGUCCAUGACCUCGCGGCAAUGGUGGGAGCUGGUGAUUCGGCGCACCUGGAUCGACGUGGGCGUCAACUUAUCUAACCACCCAGAGCUAAAGCCCGAAAUCCCCGGUAUUAAAAUCGGCGUUAUCUCCAAUAUGGACGAAAGCGCCGAGCACGUUUUGAAGCACUUUGGCAUUCGCGAGUAUUUUGACUUUGUUAUCAAGAGCAUAUCGGUUGGAGUCGAGAAGCCUGCUGCUGAAAUCUUCGAAAUGGCCUUGAUUGCGGUUAAUAUUCCAGCGUAUGAUUCGCUUCACAUCGGAGAUAGCUACGAGUUGGAUUACCUGCCAGCGACAAAGGUGGGAAUGAAGGCGUUGCUUGUGCGCAGGGAUACUAAGGAGUCGUUUGACCUGGAGUCGACCAACUCCAUCAACAGCAUUGGAGAUAUCAUCAAGAUGAUAUAGCUUUGUGGGGGUUAGUAUUUUGUUGUGUAAAUUUAGUUAUAAAUGUAUAUUUUUGACUUGAUGGCUUUUGCCAGCUAUAGCUCC